AUGUCGGUCCUAAUUACAUUAGCUGACACCCCCGAGACAGGCAAAUAUGCGACACGGAACACCUUUGACGCGAUGGUCAGGCGAAUGUGGCUGGUGGAGCUGGAUCGGAAGAGGCUGGAUACUUUGGAGAACGAUGUUAGUGGAUUUUGGGCUGGAGUUGAUUGUUAUCUCAUGGAGGACAGGCAGUGGUUCAUCAACCACGUCUUGAUGACCAAGGCCCGGGCGAUCAGGGACAAAUACCUCGCCAACUCAGCAACACUGUCACAAACACUCGGCACAGCAAACAUCAACGCAGCACUUUUUGUCAGGGACAUGGUGGCUUACAUGGAGCUUUCGGCAGCCAUCAAGGCCGGGGACAUUGGCGACUCGAGGCAAUCCUGA